AUGGCCAAUUUGAAAUGCAGCCACUUCUUCGUGGACUCGAACUUCGGAACUUCCAGCGGUCACUGGGUCUACAACUUCAGCAAGGCGCAAUUCUGUAUAAACAUGGGAAUCUUUGACAACAAGGUGUCGUCCGCACACUUGCCGCAGACCGGCAACUUCGCUGAUAACCAAGCACUCAUCGCCUUCUACUCGGACAGGAACUGCACUGGGAUCGUCCGCACGUGGCCAACGGUCGAGAGUAACUUCCCUACGAAUUUCGCGCUCAACGGAAUCGACAAGCAAAUCUCGUCCUUCAUGGUCUGGCAGACAAGCAACAAGGUCGAGGAAGUUGCUCCCGACUUGGGUAGUUAA